CAAGAAAAAUCGUCAGUCAGUUGGUGACACGCGCCGUUCGUUUUCAUUUGUGAAAUAAAAAUAGAAAAAACAAACAAAAAAAACCUCAGGUAAUGUGUCCGUUCAUUCACUUGAAGAGUGUAGAAAAAACAAGAGUGCAGCAAGUCGUAUUGAUCGUGAUUUAGCCACGCAACAGAACAGCGGAGAUGGGCACACACUAAAACGCCUACACGUACUCACGCGUUUAGCUUCUGCGCCGUCCAUUGCUCGUCGUUUGAUCGAGACACGACUCGCCGUCGUACAGUUUUGUUUCGGCCGCUCUUCUCAACGGUCUUUCACAGCUUUCUCUUGAUUCGUGAUUCCAAUAAUGGCUACCUGAAUAGUCGGCAUUGGACGGCCAUUUUCUCGUGUAGUGCUUUCUCUACAUUUAACUGCCUAAUAAAAAAGGAAUUACAGUGGUAAUUGCUAGUUUAGUAGAGAGCCGGCCAUCUCGUAAGGCCAUGGUCAACCGCUCGUGGUGGUUCCUGGCCUUUCUGCUGGUGGAGACGCAGUAUUGUCUAGUCCUCGCAGGCCAGCAUCGCAAUUAUCAAGAUGCCACGGCUGAUAUGGAUAAUGGGCCAGAGGAUCUUCUUUUAGAAGAAUUGGUGCGUAAUUGGAAAUGGGCAGCUGCACAGCAACAUGCGGGGAAUCGUCAACGACAUCCCCAAUUGGCAGGCAUUCGAUUAGCUGACGAAGACGACUACGCCGAACCAGAAGACAAGAUCCAGUUCGAACCCAAUAAGGACGACCAUCGUCAGCAAAAGAAUUUUGCAUAUCGACCCCACGACGAUAGAUUUCAGAACCAUCGUCCACCCGAGCCAACCCGACAAAUUAAGACCGUUGAUCCUCUUAUCCAGUCUGCAGCACCAACCAUUCCGUUUCGUAUGAGCUUUAAUGAUAUCCGCAACGCCGGGCAAAAGGAGACAGAUGUUUUCGACGAAGCGCCAGUAGCUAUUGCACAGCAGCAUCCACACCUUCAACAGCAGCAAAUCCCGUCACCUUCGGCAACAGGAAAAUUUGUUAAAAGUACAUCCGUUAAUUCGGAGGAGGCUGAUGAAAAUCCUGAAUCGCGCAUUUCACGCGAUCCCGUCGCACACGCCAUCGUCAGUUCAACAAAAACUGAACGUAUCCACGACUCGCUAGCAGACAUAUACCUCACAGCUCUGGUGGCAGGAUGCACAGCGUCAGUUGUAGCAGCCCUCUUGGCAUUGGGCGUUUGCUUCUAUAGAUGGCAGAGAAGAGCCAAAGCGGCCCAAGAAGUUGAGUACCCAGCUUACGGAAUCACUGGUCCUGGCCCAUCGCCUAGCGGUAAAUCGUCACUGAAGUCUUCACCUUCGUCCUCGACACCGGGAGGUGGCAUUAGUGGCUGGACUUUGGGUAAAACCCCCAAAGCGGUAGCCAGUAGCGGUGACAAGAAAUUGGCUCACUCGGCCCAUAUGUUUCACUUCCAGCACCAAAAACAACAAGUCAUUGCACUAGAAAGUCAUUCAGGAUGUGACAGACGAGGCUCCAAUUCGGGAGGAGAAAGCGACGAGGACAACGAGGAAGGUGACUACACUGUUUACGAAUGUCCUGGGUUGGCACCGACUGGCGAAAUGGAAGUUAAGAACCCGCUCUUCCUUGACGAUCCGACUCCUGCCACGCCAGCAGCCGUGAAACGUCAAUCCAAAUAGACAAGAGAGAACAAGUGAGAGAGAGAGAGAAAACUAUUCACUUUACUAAAAUCCGAAUUCAUCAAUGGCCAGAUAUAUGCCACAAACCCUUCUCUCCAACAGUAAAAAUUCAAAAUAAAAAAAAGAAAAGAAAA